CUAACGUUACUGAACCUGGAAGAAAAAAAAAGAGAGAAAAAAAAUUACGCAAACAUACGUGCGUGUUUUGUUUGCAAAUAUGGCUGACACUGAACCCAUCGAUGACACUUCGAGGCCACAAUUCGGGACCAGAUUCUUGACAGAAAAUUGUGAUGUUUUCCACCAUAAUGCCUGGGACAAUGUAGAGUGGGAUGCAACACAGGAAGCGGAUGCAAGAACAAAGGUUGAAGAAAAUUCCAGCAUUCUUGUUUCAGAAGAACAACAACAGUUAUAUGAGAGUAAUGGUGACAAAUUCUGGGACAAAUUCUAUGGAAUCCAUCAAAAUAGGUUCUUCAAAGACAGACACUGGCUCUUCACGGAAUUCCCGGAGAUCUUGCCGUGCGAACCGACUAAUGGAGGAACCACCGCGCUCGCUCCUGAAGGAACGGGUUCAAGUCCUGAAAGCAACAGAGUGGAAGACAGAGUCGCAGAGCUCCAGAAGUCUGUUUCCACACCAGCGCCACGAGACGGCAGUUCCAUCGAGGAAGUGACGGACAAACUUGCGUCAGUUUCUUGUGGGAAAGCUCGUGAACUCAAACAUACUGUUCUUGAAAUCGGAUGCGGUGUUGGCAACACUGUUUUCCCAAUACUGCAGUACAGCAAAGAUCCACAUCUGUUUGUGCACUGUUGUGAUUUCUCAUCAAAAGCAGUGGAAAUUUUGAAGGAAAGCCCUGAAUACGACACAAACAGGUGUGCUGCAUUUGUGUGCGAUGUAACAAGCACGCAUUGGGAGGUGCCAUUUGAACCUCAAAGUUUAGAUGUCAUUACACUAGUAUUUGUCCUCUCUGCAAUACAUCCAUCAAAAAUGCAACACGUUGUGCGCCAGAUCUUCCGCUACGCGCGUCCGGGAGGGCUGGUUGUCUUCCGCGACUACGGUCGCUACGACAUGGCGCAGCUUCGUUUCAAGAAGGGCCGCUGCGUCGCCGGCAACUUCUACGCCCGUGGCGACGGCACGUGCGUGUAUUUCUUCACCCAAGAAGAGCUACGGGAGCUGUUCACGAGCGCGGGCUUCGUAGAAGAACAGAAUCUGGUGGACAGACGACUGCAAGUGAACAGGGGAAAGAGGUUGACCAUGUACAGGGUGUGGGUACAGGCCAAGUACAGGAAGCCAGUAUCCUGAUAGAAGACUCCCUGCACAAUCCGGUCCUUUAUUUACUGACGAAUAAAUUUGCCCUUGUUGAAA